AUGAAGUAUUUUAAUUACAGCACCGUAAAUGAAAUAAUUUUAUGUGGAUUCCCAAAUCUGCAAGAUUUUCAUCUUCUUCUAUUUUCAAUAUUACUUUUAGCCUAUCUAUUUAUUAUCACUGGGAAUGUAUUGAUAUUUAUUGUAGUCUUGAGAGAGCCAAGCCUUCAUACUCCAAUGUACUUCUUUAUUAGAGCAUUAUGCAUUAUGGAGAUUUGCUACACUGCAGUCACUAUUCCUAAAAUGCUGGGUAACCUUCUAUAUAAUGAGAAGAUGUCUCUUAAUGGCUGCAUCUUACAAGCAUAUUUUUUACAUGCGUUAGGAGCCUCUGAAUGUUACCUUCUCACUAUAAUGGCGUAUGAUCGUUAUUUAGCCAUUUGUUCACCCUUACACUAUCCAUCUAUUAUGAACUCCAAACUUUCUAUUCAAUGUGUUGUUGGAUGCUUUAUAACUGGAUUCCUAAGUCCUGUUAUAGAGACAAUUGUGAUAGCUCAUCUUCCUUUCUGUGGUCUAAACACCAUACAAAAUGUGUUCUGCGACUUUCCUCCAUUGAUUGGUUUAGCAUGUACAGAUACUAGACUAUAUAUUUUGGUUGAGUUUGUGGUCAGCUCUUUUAUCAUAUUGUUGACUUUUUUCUUUGUUCUUCUUUCAUACAUUAGAAUAAUACAUGUCGUUUUGAAGAUCCAGUCAAAAACAGGUCGCCAGAAAGCCUUUUCUACCUGUGGAGCUCACCUUGUGGUAGUGAUUCUGUUUUUUGGCAGCAUCACGUUCAUGUAUCUCCGUCUUACAAAAAGCUACUCAGAAGACUAUGAUAGAGGUGUUGGGCUCACUUAUGUUGUUUUUACACCUUUAGCUAAUCCAGUGAUAUAUGGGUUAAGGAAUCAAGAAAUUAAGAGGACUCUUCAUAAAUAUUUACACUUUCAAGGAACAUGA